AUGGAACCACAUUUCAGACUGGUUCUCAUCCUUCUCUUUCUCUUUUUCAUAUGGGUAAGUGGAGAUGCUGCAAUUAUCACAUUAAAAAACAAAUGUAAUGUGACAAUAUGGCCAGAGAUUUUAUCAGGAGUAGGUCAUCCCCCACCAAUGAACGGUGGAUUGCAAUUGAAACCAAAUGAGACUGCAAAAAUCAAAGCACCUACUGGUUGGUCAGGUCGGUUUUGGGCAAGAACCCAAUGUAAUUUUGACAAAUCAGGUAAAGGGACAUGUGCAACCGGAGAUUGCGGUGGAGUGCUCAAAUGCAAUGGUGCUGGUGGCACCCCACCAGCCUCACUAGUAGAGAUCACUCUUGACAGUUCUUUGGAUUUCUAUGAUGUUAACUUUGUUGAUGGUUUCAAUAUUCCCAUAUCAGUGUACCCUUCAGGUGGACAUGAAAAUUGUUCACAUGUGAAAUGUUCUGCAGACAUCAACUUAAAAUGUCCUAAAGAAUUACAAGUGAAAUCAAGUGAUGGCAAAGUAAUUGCAUGUAAAAAGGCAUGCCUUGCUUUCAAUAAACCAGAGUAUUGUUGCACUGAGGAAUUCAAUAAUCCCAACAAAUGCAAGCCUACAAAGUACUCACAAUAUUUCAAGAAGGCUUGUCCAAAUGCUUAUAGUUAUGUUUAUGAUGAUGCAACUAGUGCUUUUACAUGUAAGGGGGCUAAUUAUUUGAUCACAUUUUGUUGA